AUGCAAAUUGUGGGGCUAAGAAUCCGUCGGGUGUAUGUGCUCGUUCUGAUUUUUUUGGUCCUCACGGUGUUGGUAUACUCGGUCAGUGUAAGAGAGCCACCUGUCGACGAAAAUGCGCGUAUCAAGGAUAUUUUAAGAAGUGCCAAUCAGACCCUUGAUAUGGAGCCGGAAAAAAUUCUGGAUAAUAUUCAAAGAGGCCCGCCUGAGAGUUCUUCGACCACCCAUGCUGCUGUGGCCACAAACUUGUCAGGGCCACAGGCUACAGGGGUCGACACCAAGCCCAAGGACAAACCGAAGAAGAAAAAGCCCGCUGUUACGUUGGAGGAAUACGAGAAGAGCCGUGCCCAGGUGAUAAAAGCUAUCUUUAAGCUUAUUUCGUCUGUUCGUCCUACAGAAAAGUACAACGAUAGACGUUCCAACAGAGGCGAUGAUUCUCCGCUGUCUCACAGUCUGCUUACAGAAGACAUCCUCGCAGAGUUCUUCCAGUUCCCCGCAGAAUUCGUGGACGCAUUUUCCCAAAGUCACGCCGAGGCGUUACAGCGCAUCCGGGAUAUCAAAUUCCCCGACGGUCUUUACAAAGGUAACGGUGUGGUGAUGAUUGGUGGUGACAACUACUCGUGGCUCACUCUGCUUGCAAUCGAUCUCAUGCGCAAGAACGGUGGUGACUUGCCUGUUGAGGUGAUCAUCCCAAGACGCGACGACUCGGAGCCAGACUUCUGCGGCAAGUAUCUUCCUGCGCUGAACGCCAAGUGUGUGUUUCUGACCGAUCUGCUGGGUGAAAAUUUUGAGUCAGAGAUUGAGAUUAACAAGUAUCAGUACAAAGGUAUUGCUCUGCUUGCCUCGUCGUUUGAGAACCUGCUGUUGUUGGAUAGUGACGACAUUCCAGUUGCUCCAGUGACGAGUCGUUUGUUUGAAACGGCUCCAUUCACCGAGUACGGUAUGGUGUUUUGGCCUGAUUUCUGGAAGAGAUCGACCAGUCCCACUUUUUACAAGAUUGCCAACUGUCCUGUUGAGAAUAUCAGAAUCCGCGAUUGUCAAGUCAAUUAUCCACCUUCGCAAUGGUCCACGCUCCGUCCGAAGGACGCACGGUCGUUGAUCCCAUUCCAUGACCGCAAAGGUGCUAUUCCCGACAAGAGCACGGAAUCGGGACAGUUACUUAUUUCCAAGAAGCAUCACGCAGACGUGGUUCUGCUCUCGCUGUACUACAAUGCCUACGGCCCAGACGGCUACUACUCGCUCCUGUCGCAGGGUGUUGCCGGAGAAGGCGAUAAGGACACGUUCCCAGCAGCUGCUACCGUGCUGGGUAAAGAGUUCUACCAGCUCAAGAAAAACGUUGGAGUCAACGGGUUUUGGCGUAACGGCGACUACCGUGGAGUCGGAAUGCUCCAAUAUGACCCAAUCAGAGACUACGAGAACUACAUGGAAUUCAUUGACAGUCACAAGCACUCUGAUGAGGAGUUUGAGGCAGGUAACAUUGACAACUUCCUUAACCCGGACGAAAGAAACAGCGUCAUGUUUGCACACUGCAAUUUCCCGAAACUGUUCCCCGAUGAGCUGCUACACGAUUUUGUUGUGCGCGAUAGUAACGAACAUAUCAAGAUGCUUGGUUCUGGCCAGAUCCCAGGAAACUACGAGCAUCAGUUCUGGAAAGUCAUGUACGAUUAUCUUUGCGUUGAUCGCAUCGAAUUGGCCUACACGAAGAGCAGAGAGCAGCUGAACGAUCCUGCCCAGCGUACCAAGUUCUGCGAAGGCCGUUUCAAGGAGCAUUUGGAUUGGCUUGCAACUCAGUGA